AUGGCCGACUCGUCCGCACAACCUCAGCAACUCCUGAGGAAACAUUCGCUGCAGUACUCGUCGUCCUCGCUUGGCUACCAAUCACCGUCAUCCCAAGGCCCGCCCAAGCUACGCAGAAGCGCCUCGGCUGCCGUCCGCUCCCAGUACAACACGUCGUCGCACACGACCAAUCAAUCUCGCAGACCGACCAAUCCCACUCUCGCGCGCGACCUGUCCGAGCCUGAGUUGCGCUCUCAUAACGGUCUUUCUUACAACCACCUUUCCAACCUCGCCGAGCACGCCGCCGACGAGAACCCCCAGCUGCGUGUCGUACCGCCGGACGGUGCUGCUCGUCCGGACUCCAUCUCGCUCUUCAGCGCCGCAUCGCACUCCCACUCGACCUCUCCCUCUCCAGUCGGCUUAUCUGCACCCCCUNNCUCUGCAAACGCGCAAACUCUCCCUGCUCAGCCAAAACGCCCGUCCAUCUCUCUCCGAUCACAAACCGCUGGCUCCCGCUUCAACUCGCUGCGUCAUUCGACCAGCUUCCGGCUCACCCGCAACAAUUCAUCCGCUGGCCCUAUGGACAGCCUGUCGCCCCGUCCGGAGAGUUCGAAGCGUCUUAGUGACGAACUGAAGGCCAAGAAGAAGAGCGGCUUCAGCAUAUCGAGCUUGUUCAAAUCUCCUGGCCGACCCACCAUCUCUGCUCCCGAGAACCCUGUUCAUAUCACUCAUGUCGGUGUCGACAAUCGUACCGGCGAGUUCACCGUAAGUUCUUUGACACUCUCGGUCAGCCAACUGCUAACUUCCCUANNGGGUCUUCCUCGCGAAUGGCAGAACAUCCUGGCUAGUGCUGGCAUUUCGGAACAGGAACAAAAACGAGACCCUAAGGCUAUUGUCGACAUUGUCACUUUCUACAAGGAGAACGCAGAGAAGAACCCUGAAGAUGGCAUCUGGCAGAAAUUUGGUCAAGCUCAUGCGCGCGACACUCCGCAGCACAUGUCUCCUCCCAGCGGCCUCACAUCGCCCAUAGUCACUCCUGGCUCAGGAUUCACGUCGCUUGUUAGUCCUCCGCAAAGCCCACGCUUCCCACCCAACAACGAGGAUAGCUUUGAGAACCCCAGAGCGGCUCCUCCUGUCCCUCGCAAUGUCGGUCUCGGUCUUGGUCCAAUGUCACCUACUAUGUCUAGUGGAAACACAAUUCCCCUGCGUGCAGCCCCACGCCCUCCUGGUGCGACUCCCAAUGGUCCUAGUAUGAAUCCUGCUCGUGCAGCUCCUGCUGCUCCCGGAACAACGUCUCCUCAACAACCAAACCCCCAAGAUCAACAGCCUGCCGUCCAAUAUGCACCCCCAACCAUCAAUGAAGUAUCACAACCUACUAUGUCUCGUUCACGGUCAAACACUGCAACUCAAGCGCAACAAUAUCAGCCCCCAGCUGCUUCUUCGCCUUAUGCAUACCAGCAACAACAGCAACAAGCUAUGGCUGCGGCGCAGGCAGCACUCCAGCAAUCAAGUCUUGAACGCAAGCAAAGUCAACGCGCUCCUCAGCAACCUCAUGUGCAAAUCCCAAAUUCCCAGGCAGUCCCUAUGCCCAGCCAGGAAGCUCGAGUCGGUCCCGUUCCUCGCCCGAGACAGCGACCUCAGCGCCAAAGCCAGCAGCAGAAUGGAGAAAUCAUCCAGAAACUCAAUGCAAUCUGUACACCUGCAGAUCCUACAAAGAAAUACCGUGGCCUCAACAAGAUUGGUCAAGGUGCUUCUGGUGGUGUUUUUACAGCUUAUGAGGUUGGCACUAACAAGUGCGUCGCUAUCAAGCAGAUGAACUUGGAACAACAACCCAAGAAGGAUCUGAUCAUCAACGAGAUUCUGGUCAUGAAGGACAGCAAGCAUAAGAACAUUGUCAACUUCAUGGACAGCUACCUGGUCAAGGGAGACUUGUGGGUCGUCAUGGAAUACAUGGAGGGUGGCAGUUUGACAGACGUUGUUACGUUCAACAUGAUGUCCGAACCGCAGAUUGCAGCUGUGUGUCGUGAGGUAUGUUUCUUUUCACCAAGAUCCCAAAAUGGGAUGACUAACGUUACGUCCAGNACUCUGCACGGUCUUCAAUUCCUCCACUCGAAAGGAGUCAUUCAUCGUGAUAUCAAGUCAGACAACAUCCUCUUAUCACUUGAGGGAAACAUCAAAUUAAGUAAGCAGUACCAAUUUCCGGUUGUGAAAUCUCGACUAACACUUUGCAGCNNUGACUUUGGCUUCUGUGCACAAAUUAACGAGUCUCAACACAAGCGUACAACCAUGGUCGGCACACCAUACUGGAUGGCUCCUGAAGUGGUAACACGAAAGGAAUACGGCCGCAAGAUUGACAUUUGGUCACUCGGUAUCAUGGCCAUUGAGAUGAUCGAGGGCGAGCCCCCAUACCUCAACGAAUCACCUUUGAGAGCUCUGUACCUGAUCGCUACCAACGGUACACCUCAAAUUAAGGCUGAGGAGGAACUGACGCCUAUUUUCCGCGACUUCCUCGCAUUCGCGCUCAAGGUUGAUCCUGAUAAGAGAGCCAGUGCGCACGACUUGCUGAUGGUAAGCAAUCUCUAUUGCGGAUGUCUUAAUCAUGUGCUAAUGUGUUCAAUANNGCAUCAAUUCAUCCAAGGCGCAGAGCCACUGGCAACGCUUGCACCCCUUGUACGAUCGGCUCGCGCAGCAAGAGCUGAGGAGCGCAAGAACAAGGGCAUCUGA